AUGUUUGAACUUGAUGAGAUCAUGCGACAAAGAGAAAGUAAGAUGUUUGCUGAAAUCUUAAACAGGUUACGAGAAGGUAAACAUACACCUGCUGAUCUUCAAAAGCUGAAGGAAAGAUGCGUUCAGGAAUCGAAUUGUCCUCAAGAAGCUCCACGCUUGUUUAUUCAAAAUGCUUUAGUAGACAAAUAUAAUGAACAAGUAUAUGAAUCAUUUACUGAUAAUAGAUAUACAAUUAAAGCUCAAGAUAGUGUUAUUGGAGCAGCUUCAGCUGAACUUAAGGAAAAAAUAAUGAGGCAAAUACCUUAUGUUCCGUUAAGAAAUUCUAAACAGUUAGCUCACAAGUUAAAACUUGCUGUUGGGCAACGUACAGAAGUUGCAACAAAUGUGCGAACUGAUGAUGGUCUUACAAAUGGGGCGAGUAACAUUAUCAAGUUGAUACAGCUCACUGAUGUGAAUAAACCUUCGGGUCUUAUCUGGGUCCAAUUUGAUUAUGAAGAUGUUGGUAGAAAAACUCGUCAAGAAAACAGAACGCUUUAUGUCAGAGAAAUUCAAAGCACAUGGACACCAAUUAAACCUGUCACAACCCAAUUUCCAGUCGGUAGAACGAAAUCUGCUCAAGUUGUUAGAAAACAGUUCCCAUUGCGACCAGCAUCAGCAAAAACUGUUCAUAGAUCACAAGGUGAUACUCAAACACAGAUUGUUGUAAACCUAAACAGCAACAGAGCUUUUCCUCACAUUCAUUAUGUUGCUUUAAGUCGAGUUACAACAAUAGAAGGAUUAUACAUAACUGACCUAUGUGAAGACAAGAUAUCUGUUGAUCAAAGAGUUGUCAAGGAAAUGGAAAUCUUAAGAACCGAACAAAGUUUGAAUCUUUGUUUCAAACCACUUUAUAUGUUGGAUCAAUCUGAUUUGAAAGUUUGUUACCUCAAUGCAAGAUCUCUGCAUAAACACAUUGAAGAUGUUCGAAGAGACAUUAAUUACUCAUCUAUGGAUAUUAUGAUAUUUACUGAAACAAGAUUUAACUCCUCAGACACUGACGAUAUAUACAACAUUGAUGGCUACAGGUUGUUCAGAAAUGACGUUUCCCAAGGUCCAGGUCCAGGACGUCCAUACGGUGGAACAGCUGUUUAUAGCCGAGUCCCUUUAAAAGAAGGAUACCCUUAUGCUCACAACGUCAAUGGAAUCGAGUUUACAAUUAUUAAAACAGAAAGUAAUCCGCAUCUGAAUAUAAUUGCAGUAUAUCGCUCACCAAAUAUUGCUAUAUCACGUCUACUGUCUUCACUACGUAGCGUACUUGAUGAAGAUUCUUCUGCACAAAACAUUAUAAUUGGAGAUUUCAAUGUCAACUGGAUGGUAGAAUCUGAUCGACAGUCACUCUACAAUUUGAUGGUUGUACAAAAUCAUUACGUACAGGCAACUGAUAACAGGCUUUACAACCGACAACAGAACGUUAAUUGA